AUGUAGGAGAACAAUCAGACUGUGGUCACAGAGUUUAUCCUUCUAGGAUUUCAGAUCAACCAAUAUUUAAGAAUAUCCCUGUUCUGUCUUCUCUUUAUGGUUUACUGUGGGACAAUAUAUGGGAAUCUCUUGAUUAUUACCCUGGUGUCCAUCAGCAAGAACCUCCACACUCCAAUGUACUUCUUCAUCUCACAACUGUCCAUCAGUGAUAUUGUGGUGAUCACAGAUAUUGUCCCCAACAUGCUCCACAUCCUACUCAAUAAUGUGGGAACCAUUACUUUUAUUGAUUGCAUCACUCAGUUUUAUUUUUUGUGUGCCUCUGAAGCUUUUGAGUGCUUUCUUCUUGCUUUGAUGUCUUAUGAUAGGUAUGUGGCAAUCUGUAAUCCACUUCGGUAUUCCACCAUCAUGACAAGUAGACAUUGUGUGAUGUUGGUCGUCAUCUCUUGGUUGCUUGGAUUUUCUAUUAUUUUGAUUCACAUCAUCAAAACUGCAAAACUACAUUUUUGUGGACCAAAUAUCAUUGACCAUUUAUUCUGUGACAUUGUCCCUUUACUAGAUCUUUCCUGUUCAGACACCUUCAUUAUUCAUAUGGAGAUUUAUGUUAUGGGAAUUCCAACUGUGUUAAUACCAGCGAUGAUUAUUAUAGUGACUUAUACUUACAUUGCUUUAGCAGUCUUGAGGAUCCCAUCCAGUACUGGUAGACAGAAAGCCUUCUCCACCUGUAGCUCCCACCUCAUUGUGGUCUCCAUAUUUUACUGGACGAUAUUCAGUGUUUAUGUUGUCCCAACAAAUGGACUAACACUCUCCAUAAAUAAAGUCCUCUCCCUGCUAUAUACUGUAUUUACUCCUUUUAUAAACCCCAUUAUAUACAGUCUGAGAAAUAAAGACAUUAAGAAAGCUGUACUGGAAACACUUCGGAAGAGUGGGAUGAAUGUUCCAAAUUGA